GUGUAUUCUCAUAGACAAAGGUUCUCCACAUAUCGCAAUAAUUAAUAUGAGGAUGGAGGGGUGGCCACAUACUCAUGAAUAUGCGCUGUUGCGUGAAUGAAGAAAUUAGACACAUCGUAUAUAAAGUCGCGGGGUUUUGGUGAAGACACAAGAUUCACGGUUCACAGUUCCAGUGGAAGAACAGGAAAGAAAUAAUUAGAAAAAAUGUUCAAGUUUGUAGUGUUGUCAGCACUCGUAGCUGUAGUGUAUGGUGCCCCUAAGCCUGGAUAUCUGCAUGGACACAUUGGAUACCCUGCUGCUACCAGCUAUGCAUCUAGGGUUGAUGUCCAUACUCCAGUAAUAAAAACCUAUGCCGCUGCUCCAAUAAUCUCAACACCUGUCCACUAUGACUAUGGAAUUGGUCAUGGAUACGGCCUUGGUCACGGAUACAGCUCUUUGGGUCACGGCUCGUUAGGACAUGGUUACGGUUUGGGACAUGGUUACGGUUUGGGACAUAGUUACAGCCUGGGGCACUCUGGAUAUAGUCUGGGACACGGAUAUGGCGGAUAUGGACAUGGCUACGGAAGUUAUGGCCAUGGCUGGUAAACGACUGUGUGAUUCUUAGGUGAAUUUUGAUACAUGUGUACCUAUAUGUAAAAUAUAUCGUGUCUAUUUUUGUAUAUAAAAUGUUUUGUACCACGUGCGAUUAAAAAUAAAUUUCCUCACCGAA